AUGGCCAAGGCGACGAAGCGCACGAAAAAGUUUGUCAAGAACAAACUGGACGCGGCCCUGCAGCAGAGGCGCGCGGCCAAGAAAAAGACCAAGCAUAUCAAGAACAAGGACCGCCGCGAGCCAGACGACGACGAGGAGGGCGACCAUGACGAGGCCGAGGCGAAGGUGGACGAGCCGGCGAUGAGCGUGGACGACUUCCUGCGUGGCGGCUUCCAGGAGGGGAUGGGCGACGACGAAGAAGAAGAGGAGGAGCUCGAGGACAACGAUGACCUCGAGGACGCCGAGGCGCUCGACGACGAGGACGAGCAUGCCCAGGACCUGGCGAAGCUCGCCGAGACGGACCCUGAAUUUUUCAAGUACCUGCAGGAGAACGAUGAGGAUCUACUCAAGUUCGGCCAGGGUGACGACGGAGUGGACGAGGACGUCGCCGAGGCUGAGGAUGACGACGAGCGCGUGCUGACGAUCGACAUGCUGCGCCAGUGGCAGCGCCAGCUCCUGCGGCACCGCUCGCCACGCGCGCUGCGGCGCCUGCUGCUCGCCUUCCGCGCAGCCGUGCACACAGGCGAGAAGGAGGAGACACCGCAGGCCUACCGCAUCGAUGACAGCGCCGUGUUCACCAAGCUGGUCCUCACGACGCUCAAGUACAUGCCCGUGGUCAUGGAGCACCAUGUGCCGUACAAGAAGGGCGCGGACGGCCACUUCAAGGUGCCCACGCACACGCCCAAGUGGCAUGCACUCUAUCGACCCGUGCGCAGCUAUUUCCUGAGUGUAGUGCAGCUGCUCCGCACGGUGGCCGAGCCGGACAUGGUGUAUGCGGCGCUCACCGAGUCGGCCAAGAUGGUGCCGUACCUGCAUCAGGACCGCCGCGUGACGCGCGACUACAUGCGCGCGCUGCUCGAGCAGUGGGCGAAUGGCGAGGACCGCAUCCGCCUUGCGGCCUUCUCGUGCGUGUAUGUGACGACUGCGUCGGCCAUGGAAGACGACAUGAUCGACUUCUGCCUCAAGAGCACGUACCACACGCUUAUCCGUCACACGCGCCAGACGAAGCCGCACACGCUCGAGGCGAUCGCGCUCAUGAAGAACACCGCGUGCGAGCUGUUCACGCUGCACCCCGAAGCGGCGUACCAGCAGGCGUUCGGCUUCCUUCGGCAGCUGGCCAUCUCGCUGCGCAACUGCCUCAAGCUCAAGUCGCAGGAGCAGUUCCAGGCGGUGCUCAACUGGCCGUACGUGCACUGCCUCGACUUUUGGUCGCGGGUGCUCGCCAAGACAUGCCACACAGACAGGGAGCAGGGCGUGCCGAGCCACAUGCGCCCGCUCAUCUACCCCCUGGUGCAGGUGGCGCUGGGCGUCGUGCGUCUCGUCCCUAUGUCGCGCUACUACCCGCUGCGACUGCACGUGCUGCAGGCGAUGCUGCGCCUCAUGCAGGCGACGGGCGUGUACAUCCCGCUGGCACCGCUCGUGCUGGAGGUGUGGGAGAGCCCCGAGUUCCAGCGCAAGGCCAAGGGCGCCACACUCAAGCCCCUGGACCUCGAGACGACGUUCCGCGCGCCGGCUGCGUACGUGCGCACACGGAUCUAUGGCGACCAGCUCGCUGAGGAGUUCGGCUUUGUCAUGCUCGAGUUCCUUGCUACACAGGCCGGGCACAUUUCGUUCCCCGAGCUGGCGAUUCCUAUCACGGUGCAGAUGCGCCGCCUCCUUAAAGGCUCGCCGAGCGUGCGUCUCUCGGAAACGCUGCGUCCGCUGCUCGACAAGAUCCAGCAGAACUCGGCGUGGGUGGUGCAGCAGCGCGCCCACGUCGAGUUUGCACCGGACGACCAGCAGCAGGUCGAUGCCUUCCUUGAGAAGGCGCAAGGCCGCAGCGAUGCGCCGUUGCAGCAGGCCCUGCGCCUCGCCCGCAAGGUGCGCGAGCAAAAGCGCCGCCUCCUGGAAAAGACGGCGCAUGUCGUGGAUGACGACGAGGCAUAA